AUGACGCCUGAGGACCAGGCCAUGGCAGACGCCGGCCCGGGCGCGAACGGCGCGAGCCCUGGGCCCGGGGGCGAGCAGGCAGCCGGCAAGGAGGGUGGGAAGGCCGAGGACGCGGCGCACGCGGACGACAGGGGGCGCAGCAAGUCCGAGGACGGACGUGGCGAUGCGAGGGGCGACAAGGACGAGGGCAGACGGGGCGAUCGGCGGGACGGGCGGCGCAGCAGGGAGCGCAGCCGCGAUCGCGGGGGCAGCAGAAGCGACCGGCGGAGGAGCCGGGACCGCGAACGGGACAGAGACAGGGGCAGGGACAGGGACUCGCGCCGCAGGAGUCGCGACCGUAGCAGGGGGCGGGAUCGCAGCCCGAGCCGGCGCCACAGGGGCCGUUCCCGCUCCCCGAGGGACCGGCGUUACUCCCGAGACAGGCACGGUUCGGCCCACCGGCACCACCGGCGCAACACGCCCGAGGUGCGCGACCGGUACGCGCCGCGGUCCCCGGUCCGCCCCCGCCGGCGCACGCCCCCGGCGCCGAUCUCCGAGGCGGAGGCCGCGGAGAAGGCGCGCGUCGCGGAGCUGGAGCGGCUCCAGCGCGAGGCGUGCACCAUCAACAUCUUCAACCUGGCGGUCCGCGCGGACGAGCGCGACGUGUGGCAGUUCUUCUGCCAGGCCGGGACGGUCAAGGACGUGCGCAUCAUCCGCGACAAGUCGUCCGGGCGCUCGAAGGGCGUCGCGUACGUCGAGCUCGCGUCGCAGCAGGAGUGCCAGCGCGCGCUGAUGCUCAACGGAUACCCCAUCUGCGGCCAGCCCGUGAUGAUCAAGCCGUCCGAGGCCGAGAAGAACCUGCAGUGGGAGCUCGAGCAGCAGGCCAAGGCGGGCCUCCUCCCGCCGGGCAUGGAGGCGCUGCUCACGCCCGCCGAGCCGGAGAAGGCCGCGCCGACGGCGCCGGCCGCGCCCAAGGUCAACGCGAUCAAGCUGUACGUGGGCAACGUGCACCCGGCGUGUGGCGCGGAGGAGGUGCGGGCGCUGUUCAGCCCGUUCGGCGACGUGGUGGAGGUGGAGAUCCAGAAGAUGACGGAGAAGGCCAACGCCGCGCUGGUGACGUACCGGUACGAGCCGGACGGCAAGCGCGCGCACGUGCAACUGCAGAACUUCGAGCUCCUCGAGCGCAGGCUCAGCAUCCGGAUCUACGGCGUCCUGCCGCCCAUCCCGCCGCCGGAGCAGCAGGCCGGCGCGGUCGCCGCCGGCGCGGUCGCGCAGCCGGCCGCGGGGCCGCCGGCGCAGGGCGGCGCGGAGGAGAGCCUCGCGCAGGAGGAGGGCGCGCGCGGCGGGCUGCCGCUGUCGACGGACCGCAAGACGGCGCUGAUGCACACGCUGGCGGAGCGCGCGGGCAUCAGCCACCUCAUCCCCGAGGCCGGCGCGCAGGGCACCGCGACGGUCACCGUCCCCGCGCGCGUGCCGGCCGGCGGCGACGCCAUGGCCCUCGAGCAGGGCGUGCUGGGGCCUGCGUCGCCGAUCCCGACCCCGUGCCUGCUCCUGAAGAACCUGUUUGACCCCGCAGAGGAGGAGGGCGACGAGUGGGACGUGGAGAUCGCCGAGGACGUCAAGGACCGCUGCCAGCACGAGUUCGGACCCGUCCUCCACCACUGGCUCGACCGGCAGUCGAAGGGGUUCAUGUAUUUGAAGUUCGGGGACGUCGGGCAGGCCAAGCGGUGCAAGGAGACGCUGCAGGGGACCUUCUUCAACCGGCGGACGAUCUACGCGGAGUACUGCUUCGCGCAGGUGUACAACCAGCACUUCGCCGCGUGA